AUGGCGACCAACAUCACGUUCCACCCUGGCCACGUCUCGUACGACGAGCGCGCCGAGCUGCUGUCGCAGCAAGGACUUACGAUCUGGCUUACUGGUCUGUCUGCGUCGGGCAAGUCGACGAUCGCCACUGCGCUCGAGCAGCACCUGCUGUCGCUCAAGAAGUCGGCGUACCGUCUUGAUGGCGACAACAUCCGCUUUGGCCUCAACAAGGACCUCGGCUUCUCGCCCAAGGACCGCGAGGAGAACAUCCGCCGCAUCUCGGAGGUCUCGCUGCUCUUUGCGUCGUCCACCACGAUCACCAUCACCUCGUUCAUCUCGCCGUACAAGGCGGACCGCGAGAUCGCAAGGAAGCUCCACGAGGCGCAUGUGCCCAAGCUUCCCUUUGUCGAGGUGUUUGUCGACGCCAGCAUCGAGACGUGCGAGAGCCGUGACCCCAAGGGUCUCUACAAGAAGGCCAAGGCCGGCGAGAUCAAAGAGUUCACCGGCAUCUCGGCCCCUUACGAGAAGCCCGAGAACGCCGAGAUCCACAUCAACGCCGACACAACUUCGAUCGAGGACUCGGUGCGCAUCAUCACCGAGUAUCUCCUCAACAAGGGCUACCUCAAGCUCUGA